AUGUGCUACAUCAUCGACAGCACCUGCAGCCUCUGCUACAAACCCAUCUGCAUGAAGAUCAACAUCUGCCCGCAAGUAUCGAACGGGUCCAUCAGCCUCUCCGACGAGAUCUCGAACUACGAGAUCCUAAAGAACUCGAAGCAGAACGAGGAGGAGACGCUGAACGCCACGAACUCGACGAACGAGGAUUCUGGCAGCAACUCCGGCAUCCCGGACUCGAUAAGAAGCCCGAGGAUACGGGCCGUCCUCCAGAAGUCGAAAGUCGGGGACAAGAUUUCGUUCGACAUCACGGAAGACCUCGUAGUGACCACCAACCUCGUCGACAAGAGGCCGACCAAGUCGCCAGCUGUCAGCGAGAUGGCGGAGAUCACAAUACAGUCUAACACGAGCGGAAGCGAGCAACUCUAG